AUGUCAGACGACAAGGUAGCCGUUCCCACGAACACACAUGAAAACCCCUUGCUCCAGAAGCUCACUCCAAAGCAAUUUGACGCCAGCGUGAAAUUCUAUGAAGCAGACCAUCAAUUGCUGCACGAAGACCGUCAGGUCAUAGCUGAAGACCUUCAAAAUGUCGUUUUUUCCACAGCGUUCUAUGGCUACGGAGCCGGAGUUUCGUCAUUUAUGAUCCCCACUGCAUACUAUACCCUUACCCAAGGCAAUUCCGCCACUGUGAGACGUUCUGCACCGGUUCCUCGAGGCUUUUUCAAGAAGCCAUUUCUCUCGUUUUUGAUUGGAGUCACGGCAAUGAUGGUGACUAACCAACAGGUGUGCAAAUACAAGUUCAAUCGCAAAAUACAAGAGGAAGACCAGACGAGUAGUCAUCGGGCGGCUGUGUGGAAAUCAAUGGAUUAUCAUCAAGCCAGUCUCUUCUACUUGUACUACCGGAAGACGGCGGAAAAUCCUGAUUUUAUCGUCCAAGAUCCCCGCAAAGUAGAUAGCCAGUCUCUCCACAAGGUCCACUACGAGCCUUCCAAAGACGAGCAUUUCACCAGUACUUUGGGCAUGAAAAAUGACGAGGGCUUGUCGCACUGGGACCAGAUCAGACUAGCCAAUGGGUUUGGUGUGUCUAAGGAGGAAGGUGGGUCCAGGGAAGAAGGUGGGUCCAAGUGGAACGACAUACGCCAGGGGAUCAAGGACGAGAGUGAGAAUAGGGGAAAUUGA